CUUUUAUAGACUUUCCCCUCCCCCCCCCUCCCCGGUAAACAAUGAGAGUAUAAUUCCUUCAUUUUUUCCCCCAUUUCUUUUCUUUCGUUGGGAUUGCCUGCUUGGGGUUAUUUUGCUGAAAGUAGUUUUUGUGAUCUGUUCGCUUUGCGCUGUCCUCUUGCUCACUCCAGCCUUGUACCUCAUCCAGUAUAAUAGGUAAUAGGCGAAGUCACGGCUUUGGCCCCCAUACUGCUUUCCCCCCCCCUUAUAUGCUCAUUCCUGCUGGGAAGGAAUCGUUCUCUCCAUACAUACUUAAUACUUUUGUUGCGAUCUUUUGUUUUCUUUCUCCAGCACCUGUCGGGUCCUGCCACUCUUUUACAGCCAGAGCCCGCGAUAAUUCGAGCCAGCAUCAUGCAGCUCCUCCAGUCCCUCAUUUUGGCCGUCUUCUUCAGCUACGGCGUCCUCUCGUUACCCCACGGCCCCAGUGGCCAACACAAAGCCCGUUCCUUCAAGGUUGCUCGCGUUCGUCGCGGCACCGGUGAGCUGCACGGCCCCUCUGCUCUCCGGAAGGCAUACAGAAAGUAUGGCAUCGUCCCGGCCAAGCUCAACAUUGACCUGGCGGACUUUGAGCCCAUCACUACGGAGCACACUGCUGCUGUAGCUGCAAGUGACGAUGACUCGGAGCCCGACCAGACCGGCGCGGUCAGCGCGACAUCCGUCGAGGGCGACGCCGAGUUCGUUUCGCCUGUGAUCAUCGGUGGCCAGAAGAUCGUCAUGACGUUCGACACCGGAUCGUCCGACUUCUGGGUGAUGGACACACGGAUCCAGGAGACCUUGACAGGCCACACGGAAUACAACCCGUCGAACUCCACCACCUUCAAGGAGAUGGCAGGCUACAGCUUCAAUGUCUCGUACGGCGACUCCUCUUACGCUGCUGGUCCAGUGGGCACGGAUGUCGUCAACAUCGGAGGCGCAAUUGUCCAGAAUCAGGCUUUUGGCAUCCCCACCGAAGUGUCCGGGUCCUUCGUCGAAGACACCAACUCCAACGGUCUGGUCGGAAUGGGCUUUUCUAAUAUCAACACCAUCCAGCCCAAGGCGCAGGACACGUUCUUCGCCAAUGUCGCGCCCAGUCUGGAUCUCCCCGUCAUGACUGCGGCCCUCAAGAGCGACGGCGUGGGCGAGUUCGAGUUCGGUACGAUCGAUCAGAGCAAGUACUCGGGUGGCAUUGCCAAUGUCAGUGUGGACUCCUCGAACGGAUACUGGGAGUUCGUCACCCCUCAAUACUCUGUCAACGGCGGAGAGCUGAAGUCGAUUGGAACUGUCAACACCUCGAUUGCCGACACCGGUACUUCCCUGAUGCUGCUGAACGAGGACGUGGUGAAGGAUUACUAUUCGCAAGUCCCCAAGUCGGUCUAUGUGGACAGCGUCGGUGGUUACAUCUACCCUUGCAACACCACGCUUCCCAACUUCGGAAUCGCCAUCGGCACGGAGAGUCUGGCCACGAUCCCCGGCAACCUGAUCAACUUCUCGAAGGUCGGCACCAACACGACUACCGGCGAGUCCCUGUGCUACGGCGGCAUCCAAUCCAACGCGGGCGAAUCGCUGCAAAUCCUCGGCGACACCUUCCUGAAGGCCUUCUAUGUGAUCUUUGACAUGCGCGGACCGUCCCUCGGCGUUGCGGCUCCGAACUAAAUUUCCUUCCAUGUACAUUGACAUUCCCCCGUCGGUUUAACGAUAUCUCCCGAAGUUCGAGCUGCAUUUUGUGGAUAGAAGGAGAGACCCAGUGCUCGCGUGCGCGUGCAUUCUUUCCGCUGGGGUCUGGGAAUGGCGAACGGGACCAUCGAUGUAAUAACAACCGUACAGCAGCUAGCAAUAAUAAAGAGUCAACUGCCCCUGUCGGAAAUCAG